UUCAGGUCUCAGCCACCAGGAUUUGACAGUGACAGGGAAUCUCCUGCUUAUGGUGAGGAACACCUGAGGCCCUUCAUGGUAUAGUUAGUCCUCUCUGAGGGUAUUGGGACUGGACUUGUGAGAUGGGACCAGAUUUGUGCCCGGUUACUGUGAGCAGAGCCUGAAGAACAAGAGACUUGACACCAAGGGGCUAUAACACUCCUUGUCAAGGGCCUAAGCUGGGGAUAUGAAGGAUGUAGAGUGCAGGUUCAGCCCUUUUGUGUCAAUCUUGGAGUGAGGCACAGCACCUGGCCCUGGGAUUUCUGUCCCAUGGCCCACAUGGACACGUGGCCCUCUAUGGGGCUUCUGCAAGGGAACACUAGCAAAUAUCCUGAUGCUGGAGGCUGGGGUAGAUCUUGGUCACUCAGUGACUGGAGGUGACAUCAGCCAGAGAGGUGAUACAAGUGGGCUAGAGCGGGAGAGAUUUCAGCAUCACGUUUUGGAGGAGAGGGGCUGUCAGAGGGUGCGCUGUGCGUUGUUGGCCUCCUCCUCCUCAGCGAAGAUCCGCCCCGGGGGAAGCGCAGCGCCCAGAGCCCCAGGGGAGCUGAGGCAGCUCGACAGACUGCAUCUCCCUCUGCCACCCGCCCCGGGGCUCUGCGAUUUCACACUCGGGCGAUCGCUCUGUGCCGAGCCAUGCAGGAGCGCUCAGCCAUGGCCUCCCUGGGAAAAGCAGACGCCGGUGCCUCCUGCCUUUCUUCCCAGUGCUUCGACCCCCUGACCAGGUCCUGCGUGAUGUGCUCCGAGCUGUUUGGGGACAACACAAAGCCCGCCCCUGCAGUGCCCAGCUCAGAUACACUGCCCACCAUCCCCUCCACGGACCUGCCCAGCAGCCUCCUGAUCUUUGGGGUCCCCGCACUGGUGGUUCUCCUCCUGGCCCUGGCUGGCCUCUGGGGCUUCCUGGCCUGCAAGAUGGAGAAACGGAGGAGGAAGAGGAGGAAGACUGAAAAAGAGGUUGAAGAAAGCCUGGGCGAUGCCGGCCCCCUGCCCAGCUUGGGCUGCUUGGACCUCACUACUCCAGAGAGGAACGCUGACCCAGCACAGGGCCCCUGCCCACACCGCAACGGAGGUCUGAGGACACCCAGGAGGGACGGAGCGAUGCGGAGGCCAUGCUGCCAAGGUGAUGCCAAGGGUGACGUGGUGCUGCUGGCCACCGCCUGGCCCCGCCAUAAGGAGCAUGGCCACGGCUUCCCGCUGCCGGCCACCGAACUGGGAGCCACCGCCUUGGUCACCACCAAAACCACCCAGGACUGUGUGGGUGAGGAGAGACUGUGACAACAGGGAAACAGGGCUGGGGCUCUGCGGACAGCCAGAGCCCUCCCCCAGGGGGCAAAAGCCAUGCAUGGACAUGAGCUGUCCUAGAACCGGGUCUUGCAUUUUACAUUUCCCCAUAUGUGUGGAGUUCCAGCCAUGCCUGCAGUCACUGAAGGAAGCCCAGGGAUUCAUGCUGCAUUACCAAUAGCUGCUGAGCUGUGGAACUGGGGAGUCCAGAUGGGUCUGCUGCUGAGUGGGGCAAUUCUAGGGACAGGGAGCUGGAAGUAGGGAGUUCCUUUAGGACCAAACCCCAUCAGCUUCAGCUCAGUUGUUGCUACUGAGCCGUGGCUUGGGGCCACGUGGAGGAAAGAUCAUCCAGCAUCUGCUCUAUGCACAGUCCUGCUUCUCUUGUUCCCUGCAUGCUGCGACAUCCGUGUCCCUGCUCCCUCUGGUCAUAGUUAUUUGGUGGCAGGCACCCGUGGGCAGUCAUGGGAAUCCCCUCUGCAUCUUGAAUGCCCAGGGAAUGGGAAGCAAUUCGCCUUUUUGAGCAGGGAGCAAGGGAAAGAAUUGGGGAAAUCUGUCUUUGCUCAGAGCUAUGGUAACUGAAGUCAGUGAGGACCAGAGGCAGGCAAUGGAGACUGCUGGUCGGGAGGAGCACUCGCUGCAGGAGCUUGUCGUGAUGGCCCGAGACAACCAUCACUUCAGCUCACAGUGGCUGCAAAAAUACUGCAUGUCACUUGUGGUGACAGGACUCACAGUGAUGGAUGUACCCGUGCUGCACACAACCAGGCAGGGAGUGAUGCAAGCGUGGGAGGGAUGACUUAAUUUAUGUGCGUGUCUUCAGGGGGUUGCUGUGCGUGAGAAUUGACCAGCAGCGCCAGUCCAAGCACCAGCUCAAUGGCCAUGCUCACACACAAGCCAAUGGCUCACCUGUGCAAGAAGCUCUGGGAAUGAAGCCAUUAGUGGAGGAUGUGCUCCCUCCUGCAGUCCCAGCUUUGCUCCUGAUCCUCCACCUGUUCUGGCUUCCUAUGUCAUCACCACCAAUGAAUGUCUUGUCAGUGCUGCACUCCAGCUAGAGUGCUCUCCUCUCUGUCACGGCCUUCAGAAGAUGGAGGGCACUGCCAUGCUCACCCAAUGGCCAUGGAGGUCCAUAGAUUGUGGUAGAAUUGACCAGUGAUGCUGUGUCUGGUGGCACUGCCUCUGCUGGACCACGAAUUGUUGUUAGAGGGUGAUGCCUCCCUCCUCUCCUUGCCAUGGACAUUGACCUGGCUUUGCCGCCUUCUCCCCAAAGGGGAACCACUUGGGCAUGUGAGCCCACAUUAUUCACCACACCUCCUCUUCCAGAUCUAAACCCUCUGCCUUGGACGAGCCUUGGUCCAGAUAAUGCCUAACACAGUUCAAGACAUGAUGCAUCCCCAUUGCUGGAGAUGCAACCUCUGCACAUCUUGUUAGGUGGAAGUGCUUUGAGAUCAAGCCCAGCCCUGGGGACAUUCUGAACACCUCUAGGGACAAUGACUGGUGGUGACAGAAGGACGUCUGGGAGGCAGGACAACCUGCUUCAUGGACAGUGGGGUUGGGAGGCGAAGGGAGAUGUGCUGCUGCAUCUCCCCUUCCAUUUCCAUGGCUGCCACACGUGGAUGUGGUGUGGACCCAACACCAGAAAAGAAACUCCUGUAACAAUCUCGUUGAAAAAAAAACCCUUUCUGUGCA